UUUCCAUCAAGAAGAUUUGAAAUUGGCUUAACCGACAAAAUCUGAAACCGUAUUUCUAAUGUAUAAUUUGUAAAUUCAGGCAAACGAAUCUUUCCAUGAAUCGCUUUGAGGCAAAUGAUACAUUAUAAUUAGUCAAGCAUGUGUUAGUCAAAUGGUGACAUCUGCUGGUCAACACUUCGUAUUCAUGGUUUUCACGUGACGUCACAUUCGAAGGAAAACGCUCCCUUGGAGAAAAAGACGUUAUUUUCCGCUGCCUGCCAACCAGGAAGCAGGUGCUUCCUGUGCAGCAGGACUCAUGGCCACGAAUGCAAUGCUUUCAUACAGCUGAAGGGCAGAGAAAACAGUUUGUCUAUUGGAGGCUCGAAAGCAUCUUGAGACAGACUACAGGGAGCAGAGGAGGCUGCACUGUCUACAGGCGGUUGUAAGGUAGGCAGGAGUUACCAGCAGCCAUGCUGGCAGUGGACGAGCCGCUGGACCUGAAGCUUCCCUCAGGAAGGACAGAUGGUCCGAUGAGAUUAGGAAAGAGGCCUUAUCCUUCCUCUGUAUGCACCUCUCUGAGUGCCACACGACCACGCCUGCUAUACACAACCUUUCCCUCUCCACCUUCGUCCCCAGAUUCCCAGUCUUCCUCUCAAGAACGACCAGGGUCCUGCUUCAGUCCUCCAGCCAUGGACCUCAGCUUGUCACCCUCCUCCCGCCAUGCCUCCUCUCUCUCCCCGUCUCCUUCCUCACCCUCCUCCUUCUCCCCCUCCUCACCCCUGGAGUCCCCUCACAGCAGCAGAAGCCCUCAGCCACAUCUCUUCUCACGGGAACCAGCUCGUCAUCGAGGUGUGGAGGGCGGAGCUUCACCACAGGGUUAUCCGUUUUAUCUGCCGAUUGGAAGCCCACCGAGGGCAUACAGCUUUCCCUCCUCCAUGUUCAUAGGUCAGAACAGAGAGAAGCACGUUUCACCAGAGCCCUCAUUGGACGGUCAGCUGGCCUGUCGUUGGAGGAAGUGCCACCUGCUGUUUGACUCGCUGCAGGACCUGGUAGAUCACAUCAACGACUUCCACGUCAAACCUGAAAAGGAUUCUGGGUACUGCUGCCAAUGGGAGGGCUGUGCUCGUAACGGAAGGGGCUUCAAUGCCAGGUAUAAAAUGCUGAUUCAUAUCCGCACACACACUAAUGAGAAGCCACACCAUUGUCCCACCUGUAACAAGAGCUUUUCACGUCUGGAGAACCUGAAGAUACACACCCGCUCACACACAGGUGAAAAACCCUACAUCUGCCCUUAUGAAGGCUGCAGCAAACGUUACUCCAACUCAAGUGAUCGUUUCAAACACACCCGCACCCACUACGUUGACAAGCCAUACUACUGCAAGAUGGCGGGCUGCCUGAAGCGCUACACAGAUCCCAGCUCACUACGGAAACACAUCAAAGCCCACGGGCACUUUGUUACCCAGGAGCAAGGCACUCUGAACAGACGGGGGUCAGGGCUAAGCCUCCAUGGGCACCAGAGCACUGCUCAACUGCCAUCUGUAGGCGGGGCCCAUAUCAUCAUCCCCGGGGCUGCUGCAGCUCUUCUUGGGGGCCUUGGGACCUCUUUGCCUCUCUCUGCUUUCUGCCAUGCCAGAGCCCUGGGCCACCAUGGGGCACCACUCUUCUCCUUGGGCGGAGGAGGCUGCAAUAGCAUGGGGCCGCUCAGCCUCUCGGACUCCCCUCUGAUACACUUUGGACUUUCAGCUGCAUCGAUGUUGGGACUUGGAGCUCUGGGGCGAAUGGCAGGGAAGGACAUGGAAGAGGAAGAGGAAGAAGAAGAAGAGGAGGGGGAAGUGUUGAACCUGUCUGCAGGGGUAGGUCCCAGGCGAAGUGACCCUUUUUCCUGGGUGGUUGUUCCCCCACGGUCACUUCUCCUCAAGCCAGCUAUUGUCAGCUAGGAUGUGCACUCCCGGAUGCAUAGAACCAGGGAGUGUGUUUGUGGUUUUGCUGUGUCUCUGUUUGCAUACAAGUAUGUCUUUGUGUGUGUGUUCACAUAGACAUACAAGCAUGAAUAUGAGUGUGUGAGUGUGUGUGUGUGUGUGUGUGUGUCUGUGUGCGCAUGUGAGGGUUCAACGAAAGGCUCACCUCCAGAGCCAUAAAAAGCAACUUCAGUCAUUCCAGCCGAGACACAAGUGAAGAAAGACUGAAAAGUACAGAAGCCUUUGUGUUGAGUGUACAGAACCUAAACAAGACCUUUGAGUGUUGGCUUACAAGACAUUUUUGCACCAUUAUGUUUCAGCUGUCGUGAAAGUUAAAAAGUCAGUUAACCCAAAUUACAAAGAAAUAAAUUAAAUCACCUAUAGUCGUAUCUGGCUAUGGAGAAUCAUUUUAUGACAUUUUAAUUCUCAUUAUUAAAAAGGACGUUUGAACUUUAUCUUGUUUUUCCACAAAGUCCCUGUUAUUUUGGAUGAUCCACAGGCUUUACUAGGUUUCUUUAUUCGAGAUUUUUAAAUGUAAUUUCUAGCCACGCUAGGGAUAUUGAUGCCUGUGCCUGUACCACUUUGGUACAGACUGAAAUAUCUGAACUACUAUUGAAUGGAUUGCCAUUUAAUUUUGUAUCAACAUUCAUGGUUGCUACUGUCUUUGGAGUUCUUCUGAGAUUUCCACAGAAAUGACAAUGUAUAAUGACAAUAUUUUGAAUAUUUACCUCGAGACACAAAAUCACAUAUAUCUGUAUGGCUUGAUACCACAAAAGUGAAAAAGAUUUGCAGUUUGGGUGAAUUGGCCAUUUAAUAUACCUUGAUUCACCCACCUCCUCACACUCAUCUACACCUUGACUUUAUGGUCAAAAAACAUUUUACAAUGGACAAUCACCUGUAUAUUUUCUCAACCAGGUCAUGAAAAUAGCAGGUGCACUAUCCAUGUUGUAGUUUUUUUGUUUGACAACCCCCACUGACUGCCUCCACAGACCCAUUUUUCUACUCACAUAAAUAUGGGGAAAAGCACGAUUGUGGGGAGCAAUGAGAAAUAUAGUCCAUACACAGUAACUAAAUUUAACAUAAAAAAAUAUGCAUUGUAGACUCUAUUGAGAUCUAACUGUAAAGACAACUUUUUUUGUUAUUAUAGUACAACUGUUUACAAAAUAUUUGUGUUUGAGAAGAUACUAUUGUAAUUUUUAAAACAGAGGCCCUCUGGUCACAAAAUGGAUUUAAUGCAAUUUACAAUCAAACCCUUCAAUGUCUGACUUAAACUUAAAAAUGGUUUCUGUGGAUUUAAUCUGGUACAUUAGUUGUGAUGUGCAACAGGUGCUCCUGAGAUGACCCCUUUACCUACUUAAUUUUCUUAAUUUACAUAAUAAUCAGCCCCCUUGAGGAAAAUGGAAAACAGAAACGUCCUAAGCCCUAAUGCCAAUUAAUCAUUUGUGAUCUACGUUUCACUGCUAGCUGCUCAGUUGUUUGUUUUAGCUCAGAGAGACCUUGACUCAGAUUAGUUUAGGAUAUUUACCACACUACGAUGUGUGAUGAAAGAUUAUAAUCCACACAGAGCAAUGUGUUUGACCAUGUGAUUUUUCAAAGUCACAAGAAGAAAGAUGAAAAACUGUGUUGACGCAACUGAAUGUAGGUUUAAGGUUAACUCCUUUGCUUGCCGGUAAUCUUAGGUAAUUCUUUGCUUUAUUAAUCAUUCCAAGACAAUGAUCUAGACAGGAUCAGCCCUGCAUUUUAGACAAGACAAACUGAGGACAGCAGUCAAGUAGGAACACAAUAGACAAAGGUGUGUAUUAGGCAAUGAGUACACAUUUGCUUUAUAUGAAUGGUAAAACACAAAAAAUUAACACAAAAAGAAGCAAAACAAUGGUUUAAAAAACUGUCUUGAUGUAUCUUUGAAGGGCGAAUGUUUGACAAUGGCCGCAUGUGGCCAGUAUCUCUGUUGAAUUAUCUUGUAUUCUUGUUUGCACAUUGACUUAUCCUAAUCAGUAUUUCAAAAGGUGUCCAAGUGCCUUGUGUUUCAACUGAGAUAUAUCACACAAUAUAUGAAAAAUAUUUACACAAAUGUAAAGUGUAUAAAUGUACUUUUCAUUAAAUUUUAGAAAACUUAAAUUUAAUAACUUGACAACAGAUGUGAUUUGUACAUCAGGGCCAAUGCAACAUUUUCCAAGGAUGUCACCGGUGUUGUUGACUGAAAAUAUCUCUAAAUGACUCUACGUCAAUAAACACAAACAAAUGAAAAUAAAA